AUGACACAAGAGAGAUCAGAGUCCAGAUUGGAUGCGCCAUCUGAUAUUCAAGAUGCUUUCGCAAUAAGUUCAGCGCCAGCAGAACCUAAAACGGCAACAGCGCCACAGCCGAGCGAGAAGGGUCUUGUUGAUCCGCGAGAUGACAUAUCCUUGGCAGACAAGCAACACCACACUGAAGAAAUCGAGUAUCUCUAUCUCGACUUUGACACAGAACUCCCCACACCUGCUGGACUCUCUGAUACAAAGGGCUCAACACCACCACCAUGCCCUAACCUUAAAAAAUAUACAUCACCCUUCCUCUGGUCUAGCAGUCGCAAGUCCAUGACAACAUGGCUGGCAUGCGGCGUCACGCUACUGGCCGCCUAUUCAGCAGGUGAAUACACACCAGCAUCCUCGCAAUUGCUCUCUGAAUGGCACGUCAGCCAGGUCGCUUACAAUGUCGGUGUGACCACUUUCACCGCUGGAUUCGGUAUUGCGCCUAUGGUUCUGGCGCCGUUUUCCGAGAUUAAUGGACGACGACCAGUGUUUAUCGCUAGUGGGGUUUUGUUCACAGCUUGUAUCUUUGCGUGUGGUGGAGCGAAUAAUCUUGCUGGAACACUGGUUGCACGAUUCUUCAAGGGUAUUGGCGGAUCGACAUAUUCGACGAUGGUGGGCGGAGUCAUCAGCGACAUCUACCACGCCGAAGACCGCAACACGCCAAUGGCACUCUUCGCUGGAGCAGCGCUCUUCGGGACUGGCCUGGGACCUUUGAUUGCUGGAAACAUCGUGGCACACACGUCAUGGCGAUGGAUCUACUGGUCGCAUGGUAUCGUCAGUGCGAGUUUUGUGAUUUUCAUGUAUUUCUUCUUGAAGGAGACUCGAGGCAGUAUUUUGUUGAGUCGAAAGGCUCGCGCACUUAACAAGUGGUAUGACAGUCUGGAAGAAGCUGGGUACUAUGGGUUGUUGUUACCGUCAGACGAACCAGAAAAAAGAGUUGUUCGUCGGAUUCGAUGGAAGGUGAAGGCUGAUGAAGAGCGACAGUCGCUUGUUCAGAUGAUCAGUGUGUCGUGUUAUCGACCAUUCCACUUGCUAUUCACUGAGCCUGUUGUUUUCUUCUUUUCGCUCUGGGUAGCCUUUAGCUGGGCUGUUCUUUACUUGCAAUUGUCCUCAGUUCCGCUCGUUAUGGAAACCAACCAUAAAUUCACAGUUGCCCAGUCCAGUGAUGUCUUUGCCGCGAUCUCCGUCGGCGCCAUCCUCGCCACACUCCUCAGCAUCUACCAAGAAAAAAUCGCCAUUCGAUUCGGCAAGAUGUCCAAUACUCCUGAAGGUCGUCUAUACUUUGCCUGCAUUGAAUCCAUUCUGAUGCCCGUCGGGUUGUUCUGGUUUGGAUGGACGUCGUUCUCGUCUGUGCCGUGGAUUGUGCCCACGAUUGCCGUGGGUUGUGCAACCAUGGGCAUUUUCUCGGUGUACCUUGCCGUGUUCAAUUACCUGGCCGAUACGUAUCAUCGGUAUGCUAGUUCAGCCAUUGCCGCGCAGUCAUGCUGUCGAAAUCUUCUUGGAGGAGUGUUUCCUCUGGUGACCAACGCGAUGUUCAACAACCUCGGGUUCCCGGCUGCAUCUAGCCUUCUGGGUGGCAUCGGCGCGCUGUUGACAAUCGUGCCUUGGGUACUCGUCUUUUACGGUCCCAAGAUUAGGGCUCGAAGCAAGUUUGCUAGUGAAUUGGUGAACCAGCAUUAA